AUGAUGACCGAUGUUGAUGUUGUGGUUGCCGUGUGUGCGGGUGAUGGUGAGGGUGUGGCGGUGGGCGAGGUGGUUGGCGAGGCUGUUGGCGAGGCUGUAGCCGCCAUUGACUUUGAUGUAGCUUUCGAGGUCAAAGCUGCUGCCUUUGCUUUAGCUGUUGGCGUGGCAAUGUUUGUUGGACCUAACAUGGGUGGGGCGGUACUACCCCCACCAGCCGUUGAUGCCGAAGACAUUGCUGCCGUUGAUGUUGACUUCUUUGUGUUAUCACGCCGUUUACUCCUAUUCUCCUUUGUGUUGUCUGACACUGUAUCUGACAUCUUAUGCUCAUGA